UGUACUUUCUUCCUUCGCUGCAUUGACUGUCUCGCUGUCUACAAAAGCCAGUCGGGAGGCUGCCCUUUUUGAGCUAUUUUUUCAGUCAAAACAAAUCAAAGCUUUGGAUAUCUCCAUUUGAAACACUUCCUGUCGAGCUGUCGGUCCUGUGCUUCGCCAUGAAGUCCACUUUUUGUCCCGCUCGACGCCUGGCGGCAAACUAAAACGGUUGUUGCCCCAAAUGUCGCCGGCGCCGCCACCUCAGCUGAGACUUCUGUUCAUGAACGGAGGCGGAGCUUGGCGGCCGCCGCUGGGACUAAAGGGAUGACAGGACAGUAGUGGACAUGGAGACAGAGGAGACGCCAUAUUUACUCGGCCAACGUUCUCCCACUUAAACCCUCUCAGGCAAAGAGCACACGUAUAUUUUUGUAUUUGCAUUCAGGGCUGUUUUUGCUAGCCGUCAUGGCGUCGGAGGGCUUUCAGUACCGCGCGCUUUACGACUACAAGAAGGAGCGGGAGGAGGACAUCGACCUGCACGUGGGCGACAUGCUGGUGGUGAGCAAGGGGGCGCUGCUGGUGCUGGGCUGCAGCAGCGGUGCCGAGGAGCGGCCUUCCGAAAUUGGCUGGUUACCCGGCUUCAACGAGACCACGCAGGAAAAAGGUGACUUCCCGGGCACCUACGUUGAGUUUGUUGGCAGGAAGAGGAUGUCUCCGCCCACGCCAAAGCCCCGCCCACCUCGGCCACCAUCUGCCGCUUCAGUGCGGACGGACUCUGAGUCAGAGAGCGUCACGUUGCCGGACCUCCCAGAACAGUUUGGACCGCCUGACACGGCCCCGCCCCUCCUCAGCAGACUGAUGGAGGCCAUCGAGACCAAAGGUGUGGACAGUCCUGGCGUGUACCGUGGCGUGAGCACGGGAAGUCUGGACUCGCGGCAGCUGGCCGACACAGACCUGGAGCAGAUGGAGGUGUCGGUGCUGUGCGACGGGGUGGUCCGCUUCCUGCAGGAUCUCCCCGGGCCCGUCCUCCCGUCCUCGCUGCAGGCCGACAUGAUGCACGCCGCGCAGGAGGUCCGAGACCUGGAGGAGUGCGCCCGGGUGCUUUUAGGCGUGGCCAGCUCUCCAGCCUGCCCCGCCCAGUACGGCCUCACCCUGCUCAGCGUCGUCCGACACUUCGCCAGACUCUGCAUGCACGCCGCCCGGAACCAGCUGAGCGUCUCCAACCUUGCAGAGACCUUCAGCCCGCUUCUGUUUCGACACACGGCGACCGGGUCCGAGUCUGGCCCGGAUCCUCUUGUCCAGGUCCUGGAGGUUCUGAUCACCAGUGAGCUCAACAUGAACCAAGCAGCUCCAGCUCUGCCUCCCAAACCGACCAAGUCCUCCACGGCCGCCGCCUCCUGCAGUUUCAACAACAGCAUGGCGCUGCAGGACGCCGAGUGGUACUGGGGCGACAUCUCCAGGGAGGAAGUGAACGAGAAGCUGCGAGACACCGCCGACGGCACCUUCCUGGUGCGGGACGCCUCCACCAAGAUGCACGGAGACUACACGCUGACGCUGAGGAAGGGAGGCAACAACAAACUCAUCAAAAUCUUCCACCGGGAGGGCAAGUAUGGUUUCUCAGACCCGUUGACCUUCAGCUCAGUGGUGGAGCUCAUCAACCACUACCGCCAUGAGUCUCUGGCGCAGUACAAUCCCAAACUGGACGUCAAGCUGCUCUACCCGGUCUCCAAACACCAGCAGGACCAGGUGGUGAAGGAGGAUAGCAUCGAAGCCGUGGGGAAGAAGCUCCACGAGUACCACCUGCAGUACCAGGAGAAGAACCGUGAGUACGACCGGCUUUAUGAGGAGUACACAAGAACCUCUCAGGAGAUCCAAAUGAAGCGGACAGCCAUCGAGGCCUUCAACGAGACCAUCAAGAUCUUUGAGGAGCAGUGUCAGACGCAGGAGCGCUUCAGCAAGGAGUACAUCGAGAAGUUCCGUCGAGAAGGCAACGACAAGGAAAUCCAGAGGAUCGUGGAGAACUAUGACAAGCUGAGGUCCCGCAUCAGCGAGAUCGUGGACAGCAAGCGCCACCUAGAGGUGGACCUGAAGAAACAGGCUGCAGAUUACAGAGAGAUCGACAAGAAGAUGAACAGCAUCAAACCAGACCUCAUCCAGCUGCGCAAGACCAGAGACCAAUACCUCAUGUGGCUGACGCAGAAGGGCGUCCGUCAGCGGAAGUUGAAUGAGUGGCUCGGCCUGAAGAACGAGACCACAGAAGAUGAGUACAGCAUGGUGGAGGACGAGGAGGACCUUCCCCACCACGACGAGCGCCUGUGGCGUCUGGGAAACAUCAAUCGCGUUCAGGCCGAGUCGCUGCUUCGCAGCAAGAAAGACGGAACAUUCCUGGUCCGAGACAGCAGCAAGCCCGGCUGCUACGCCUGCUCUGUGGUGGUGGAGGGCGAGGUGAAGCACUGCGUGAUCAACAAGACUAGUACGGGCUUCGGCUUCGCUGAGCCGUACAACCUGUACGGCUCCCUGAAGGAGCUGGUCCUGCACUACCAGCACACCUCCCUCGUCCAACACAACGACUCCCUCAACGUCACGCUGGCCUUCCCCGUCUACAGCCAGCAGAGACGCUGACCACCGGCUUCAUUCCAACAUGGCUGACCCGUCCUUUUCUUCUUCCUGACACCUCACUUCCUGUCAAACUGCUAGUCCGGCUGUCACAGAAUGAAGUGUCAAUCACUCUGGACCCGCCUUCUGAGGUACUGACGGGUCAAAGGGCAGCAUGUGGACACAUUCCAAAGACGACCCCCCAACUCCCCCAGCUCAGGUGCUGUGAUGUCACGCAAACAUUUCAUCAGCAAACACAUUCAGUAUUCACACCUCCACGCUCUUAUUUUGAAAUGUGGUUUGUGCCCUCCCCCCCACCUUGUCUCCAACAUUACUAUUAAUAAAACACACUUUCUUCCUUCUUACGACGUUGCCACACCUGAGUUGAACGACGAGCGACAUCCCGCUAGUGCACACGUGUCAACCUGGUGCCCUGGAGGGCCGAGACGCUGCAGGUUUUCUCUCCAACCAGUUUCUUCAGCAGGUGAUUUCAUU